GCUCAUGUGAGCUACACAGCAAAAGAGAAUGACACAUGUGCUGUUUCCUUUUCCAGUUGUAGAGGGGUCAGGAGCCAGGCAAGGAGAGCCCGAACAAGAGGAGCAUUUUCCUGGGUCCUUCCAGCUGUUCUGUUCAAUCCCGCCGUCAGUUCUGAGCAGGGAAGAGAGACUGUCAACACAAAUAAGGCAUUUUUCAGAGGCGUAAAUUAUGAGUUCCCCAAACAAUGCGACAUCUCAACCACAUGGAGAAGUGGAGAGCCCCGCUGCUGGAGCAGAUGUGGCUGUUAUUGGAGGUGUGAUUGCUGCCGUGGUGUUUGUCCUGAUUUGCCUGCUGGUGGUGAUGGUGCGCUACAUGUACAGGCACAAGGGCACCUACCACACCAACGAGGCCAAGGGAACCGAGUUCGCCGAGAGCGCCGACGCCGCUCUGAAAAACGACCCCGCUCUCCAGGAAGCCGUGGAUGAGAGCAAAAAGGAAUAUUUCAUCUGAGAGGCAAGGAUUUCCAUGGAGACUUCCCUGAGGGAAUCAAUCAGAAAUGUAACAUCAACAGAAGUACUAGGAGAUGGAUAAUACGAGGAUACAGGCGAGCAUCCUAAUUGAAGAGUAUCUCACUCCUUUUUCUUUGUCGCUGGGUUGUUCCUUUUCCUCUAGCAGUGAAGAACUAAAUGCCAGAUACUUGCCUGUUGAUUUUAUUAGCAACACAGCUGGUCACAGUUGAAAUCAAUAUCAGAUAAGAAGAAACAAAAUCUCAGUAUGAGUGAUACACCAAAACGAGAUAAAGAUAGCAAAUGUCAAGCCUUGACAUUUGGUGAAAAUAGCAGAUGCCAAAUGAAAACAUCCUCUUAGAGUUAAUGAUGCAUCCUAUUCUGAUAUGAUGAAGAACUACCUGAAAUUGAAUUUCAAAUGGUAACAGAACAAACAUUAAACUAGAUAAAGGUGAUCUAGCUUGAAAAAAAAUAAAUCUAAAGCCCAGAUAUCCCUCCCAUCCCCUUAAAUGUGCAUUUUUAUUGGCAUGAGGGGCUUUAUGUUUGUUUUUGGGGGGGAUUUACACUGGGAUUUCGUAUUUUAAUAUUUGAAUUUUUUACAUAUAUAAAAAACAAAGACACUUCAAAGAAAUAAAACACUUGGAAAACCUGGAAAAGGAAAGAGUGAAGGAUUUAUUACUGACUUUCCCUGCAUGGCAGCUUAAGAACUGCAAAAUGUUGGAAUUUACAAUGUAGUAUACAAUAGUCAGUAGAUGUACAAAUAUGAUUCCAAUUAGUCUGUAGGUUUUCUGCACACAUGCAUAAAUAGAUAGAUAUUAAAAGCUAAAGCAUCCUGGUUUGAGCAGGCCCCUUGAAACAAUGGAGCUCAGCUACAUUUUUUUCAUGUAAGAUAUUUUUGUCUGAAUAUUUAUUUAUUUAUUUUUGCAUUAGAAUAUUCUCUGAGUGCCCCCCAGCAGGAUUGUAGGUUUUUGCAGGGAGAGGAAUUCAGUUCUGGUGCAGAUAUGAGUACAUCUUUCACAAGUGCAACCUUAUGACUGUCACUAUAAAAAAGUUUGUUCAUCUGCAUCCCACUGGCUUUAUUUCUCACUCUGUAUGGCUUCUGUGUAUCCUUUGCAGUGUGCUAGACCAGAGAAUUACACUGACAUCGAUGCUUUAUUAUAAAUAAAUAAAUAAAUAACUAGA